AUGGAGUCAAUUAAGCAGUCAAUCAUGGAUAUGACCGAAAUGUUUAACUCAAGAAUGACAGAUUUCCAGAAGGACCUUGAAAGUUCUGCACCACACUCAGAAAGCCCCACAUCUAAGUUGUCAUCGGACUUCAAUAUUUUCAAGGAGUUUGUACUUCAGGCGCUGAAGAGCUUGCAAGCCCAGGUAGAAUUGUUGACAGAUUCUUUGGAUCAAAUGGAGACAGCACGCAGAAAGAAGAUGUUGCUCCUUCAUGGCAUCCCAGAAGACAAGGAGAAUCUUCAGCAAAAAAUUGUGAAUCUUUUUGUGAACAAACUUCAAGUCACAGGUAUAGAUGUUUCCUCCAUUAGCUUUUGUUACAGGCUGGGCCGUCCUAAGGAGGCAAAGUGUAGGCCCAUUUUGGUUAAAUUCAAGGAGUUCAGCCACCGUAGUAAAGUAUGGGAUUCAAAAACCAAGCUCAAACAGACUGGCAUUACUUUAACCGAAUACCUAACCAAGAAAAGGCACAACUUAUUCAUGGCAGCUCGGCAACGUUGUGGUUUGACCAAAUCAUGGACACGGGAUGGCAGUAUUUUUGUAAUAGGUCCGGAUGGGUCACGGCACUGCAUACACAAUUUUUCUGAGCUUGAUAAGCUGCCAGGUAUGACUGGUAAUGCAUCAGAUGUGUCUAGUGAAGUUGCUCCAUUGGGAAGUGUGCCUAAGUUUAAACAACCACUUUAAUAAUAGUGCAUGCUAAGUUGCAUACUUAUUCAUUUCCUCUCCUGCAUCUCAUCUAUGCUUUUUAAUGCGGGUAGUAUAGAGUAUUUCACUGUGCUUU